GUACAGGAUGAGGGUUCUGUACAACAACUUAUAGAGCAGUGUAUCCAAGAUGAGGAUAAACUUUAUCUUUGUGUUUCUUCUCCCACCAUCAAGGAUAAACCGGUUCAGAUCCGACCCUGGAAACUGUCUGAUGCUGAUUUUGUAUUGGACGCUAGUUUGCCCCUAGACCCUAGGAAAACAGUAUUUGUGGGAGGGGUCCCUAGACCCCUUAAAGCAGUUGAGUUGGCAAUGAUAAUGGACCGUCUGUAUGGUGGAGUCUGCUAUGCAGGAAUAGAUACUGAUCCAGAACUCAAAUAUCCAAAGGGAGCAGGUAGGGUUGCUUUCAGCAAUCAGCAGAGUUAUAUUGCAGCAAUAUCUGCUAGAUUUGUUCAACUUCAACAUGGAGAAAUUGACAAGAGGGUUGAGGUUAAGCCGUAUGUGCUUGAUGAUCAGCUGUGCGAUGAAUGCCAAGGAGCGCGCUGUGGAGGAAAGUUUGCGCCAUUUUUCUGCGCUAACGUGACGUGUCUUCAGUAUUACUGUGAGCAAUGCUGGGCCUCUAUUCACAGCCGACCAGGUCGUGAGUUUCAUAAACCACUGGUUAAGGAGGGCGCAGACAGGCCGCGUGCUGUUCCCUUCCGCUGGUGCUGAAGCAAAGACGACAUUUAAAUGUCAAGAUGUCAACUACCUUUUAACCAAAGACAAUUAGUCAAUAAUGAAUAGAAUUAGAACCCGUCUUUUAUGACAGACGAAGUUUUGCACAUACCUUAAAUUUGUGACAUCAUUGCUGUAUUUUUCCGACCUUUUCAUUAGUUAUCUAUAAGUAGAAGAGCGGCUGUGUGGAUCUUGAACAAGGGUCCCCACAGUCUCAGCUGAAUUAAUUAAAUUUAAACCUGUGUAAUGUCGUCCCCCUUAAUACCGGUUCACUGUUAAACACUUGGACAAAGUUUAUUCUAGUCAAUUAUUAAAUUUAAUUCAUCCUUUGCAUCCAGUUCUAGAUCUAGUCACUUCAAUUGUCAGCAUAUUUCUUCUAAUUAAUCAAACAUAUAUUAGUUAUCAAAUAUUAAAAGUUACACUGCUAAUUUGUUCCUCUAAUCGAUUAUUUCUUCUUACAAUUCUAGUUGAUCAAAUUUAGCAUGAUUAUUGAUCAUCAGUUCGAGCAGAUGAUCACAGUGAUCAAAUUUUUCUUGUCUUUUCAAGUUUGUCUAGAUCAAUUGUUGUAUUUAUUGUGACAGUUGAACUAUUUACAGUCUUAUCAGAUCUUUAUCCAUCUAUUCAGAGACUAAACCAAAAAUACUCAUUUAACAAAAAGGGUUCACAAGUUAAAAGAGAAGUUUUUUAAGCUUAAUGAUUUUAUUUAAAAAUUUUAACACCCCCCCCCCCACUCCCCUUUUCCCAAAGGAUAACCAUUUUUGUUACCUUACCAUGUCAUAGGACAAAACAUU